AUGCAAGUAAAGGUUGUGCUCCCGAGUGGAGAGGUCAAUGUGCCGGUAGAACCCAACUCCACCCCUGGACACCUGAAGGAAAACCUAAAGUACAGCAUCCGCGCGCCUCCAAAGCAGAUCAAGCUUACUUGCGAAGGUCGCGAACUUGAUGAUAUCAAGCCACUCGCGGGUGAGCCGAACAAUGUCGCAGAUGGCGCUGUGCUGGUCGCAGAGAGACGAGAAGGUGUGGUGGAGGAUGAGUCCUUCUCACCGAAAUCCUCCCCGCCUCCGGCAAUGAUCCGCAAGGAGGAGCCUCCAAAGCCCAAGAAGCCCAAAAAGGAUGUGGUGAGGCCAACUUUGUCCGAGGGAGAUGUCAAGAAAGAGAAGACCCUCUCACCAGGACACCAAGGUUGGGCAGUUAAGUCUGCAUACCUGGAGGCAAAAUCAAAGAAGCGACACAUGGCCUAUCUGAAGAUUGAGAACUGCGAGGAAAAGAAGGCUUACCCAGAACACGAGGACUUCUCAGUUGUGUUGUGUUUGGGAGAUCCGCAGUGCUCGCCGGUGUGGACGGCGGUCGUGCAGCAGUUGGAGAUCGGCGAGAGAGCUAGCUUCACGCUCUCGCGGAAGGUUCUGGACUUCAACCCGGAAAGCCUUGCUCCAGAUGACUUCUGCUCCACAUGGGAGGUGGAGCUGAUCCGGGUGGUGGAAGUUGAGGACGUUGCUGAGGACUUCCAGCAGCUGCUAGAAAUCGAGAGCACUGGCGGGAAAGAUCGGGCGGAGGACUUGGAUGCUGCGGCUGUGCACUGGCGUGUUCGGAGGUGGAUGCCCGAGGGCACAUUUUGCAUCGCCAGCAGCCGGGAACGAAUUGCCAUUCU